GAAUCAUCAGCUAUCAGGAAUCACUGGACUGUACAGUGCGUCCUUCGUCCUCUCACAGAAAAUAAUAACAACAACAACAACAGUAAUUUAGAUAGCUGUUUUGUAUUUUACUCGAUAAAUAUGUCUACUACGACCGGUGGCGGAGAGUUUGGCAACCCUUUGCGGAAAUUCAAGCUGGUUUUCUUGGGCGAGCAGAGCGUGGGCAAAACAUCACUAAUCACCAGGUUUAUGUAUGACAGCUUCGAUAAUACCUAUCAGGCAACUAUUGGUAUAGACUUUCUGUCAAAAACCAUGUAUUUGGAAGACCGCACGAUUCGGUUACAGCUGUGGGACACUGCUGGGCAGGAACGCUUCCGUAGCCUCAUUCCCAGUUACAUCAGAGAUUCAGCAGCCGCAGUGGUGGUCUAUGAUAUAGCAAAUCUCAACUCCUUCCAGCAAACCUCAAAGUGGAUAGAUGAUGUCAGAACAGAGAGAGGAAGUGAUGUCAUUAUCAUGUUGGUUGGCAACAAGACCGACUUGGCUGAUAAAAGGCAAGUUUCAGUAGAGGCAGCAGAGAAAAAAGCACGGGAACUGAAAGUGUUGUACAUAGAGACCAGCGCCAAAGCUGGCUAUAACGUCAAACAGCUGUUUCGUCGUGUUGCUGCUGCUUUGCCUGGAAUGGAUGGUACACCAGAGAAGAGCAAAGAAGACAUGAUUGACAUCAAACUAGAGAAGCCUCCAGAGCUACCUGUGACUGAGAGCAGCUGCUCGUGCUAGUAACCACCCUUGUCCCUCACCAGACCCAGUGACUUUUCAGAGUAACCGUGUGGAUGUGCUAUUACUCUGUAUUAAAAUGGAUUCCAAAAAUACAUAUAGUAAUGGGAAAAAAAUUAAAUCACAGCAUAGAUUACAAAUGCUAAAACCAUUCAGAUUCUCGUCUGUUCUGGCUGCAUGGCAUUAUAUGGGAUUGCAGACUGACAUAGCUCAUUUGCUUUUGAGUUUCUUGCACUUAUUUUAACAUCAGUGCUGUCAUAGUUGUUGUGAAUUUAAAAUGUUGCAGAGAAUUCAACUGUCUGAGCUGGGGCUGAUAAUUUUAGGCCUUUCUUUUUUAGUUCACAGGAGGAAUUGGAAAAACUAGAUAAUACUGUAUUGUAAACUUCUGUUACUGCUUAGUAUGAUUUUUUGUUUUUGUUUUUACAUAAAGAUUAUGCACUAUUCUGUUGAAUACAGUAGUUUUUGUCCUAAGUUAUUUAAAAGAAACAUACUGAUGGCAUCACUUCCAUCUUUAAAUCAUUGUUGUGAAAUGUCAUCACGGACGGAAUAACAUGUACUGAUUAAUCUCUAUAAUUGGAUGUUGUCAUGUUAAAUAUGGCAUUAAGGACCAGAUAUCAUUUAAGGGUCUUUUGUUUCAGGAUAUGUAUGUAUGGCCAAAAAAAAAAAAAGUGUUGGAAGCAGUUUGUUUUUAUGAACAACCUCAUUUGGGACAGACAAAUGUUAUUCUGUAAUCUUAGGAGGAUUGCAUGGAAAUCGAAUGUAUUGCGCUGUGGAAAGAAAAGAAAAAAAGAUUAGGAUAUAACAUUGUUAGAAAAGGGAAGUUACUUUGUAUUCUUAUUUAAUUCAUUAAAACACAAAACCUAAGAUAUUUAAUGACCUAUCCACAACUGUAGUUACAAAACCUAAUAUUAAUGGUAAAAAUGUGUAUGUACUAACACAACGUUAAUGUCUAUCUAAGUCAACACAUUGUUCUGAGCUUGGAUAUGGAAAGCGUCAACAAUUCACACUAAGGGGUGCACAGUCUUAUCUGGAGUCCCCCUGCUCAUCCGCUCAUUUUCUGCCUUGUUUUUUGCUACGCAAGUGUAGGAACAGCAUGCAGUUUAGGGACGGUUAAACACAAAAUGCCUUGCUUGUUCUGUCAUAGUGCACCAAAUCAAGCCACAUUGCUGUGGUUUUCUAGAGCCUAUUAACAUUGCAUAGAGCUGCUGAGGUUUUGUUAAACGGGAUAUUUAGAUUUCUUCCUCAAACGCAGCUGUUGCUUAGUGUACAGACACGUCUUGGUAUUGCUCGUUAUAAGACUGUUGGUUUCAUGUGUUUAUUUAUUAUCUCACUAGUUAGUGAAAAAAAUUGUUGUGUGCUUGACAGGAAUGGCGUUAGCAAUGUGUGGGAUACAAGUGGUUGAUGUAUAAUUUGUAUUGCUGCCUGGCUACUGUAUUACGAAGACCUAGUUGUUUCACUAUCUUGCCACUUAAGUCACAAUAAUCAAGACUCUCACUCCCCUAUUUGUAAUGUUGGGUUUCAAGAAUUUAGCUUUAAUUGGCUUUUAUUCACUGGGCAGGUAUCACUCAACCUCUAGCACAAAUCAGUUCCUCUCUGUCUCAUUCAACUGUAAACCAACAAAUCUUUCAUCACUGAGACAAAAAAUAUCAAGUGUGUUUUAAACAUUAACAUUUAUUAUAAUUUGAUAUGUAAGAAUUAAAAAAGGAAUGAAAAUCCUCCUGAAAAGCUCUAUCACGUUAUCACUGACUGAAUACUCAGCCGUGUGCUAUUCUGAAGUAUGUUGGUCUGUUUGAAAUACGCUGUCUACUAGUGUUUAGCAAAGUUUGUGUGAACAAAUUACUAUUAUUAUUUGCUGUAAAAAAAUUAAAUAAUAAUUAUAAAAAAAGGAAGGUUAAAGAGACACCAAAAUGUAUCACAUUAAUAAAAGAUAUUUCACCAAA